CUGAUCAGAACACAAGGACAGUCUGACAAUAUGGCCGACGACAGCCAUCCGGCGCAUCUGUCGCCUAGCGAACUAGGCACAAAAGACUAGUAAGUAGCAGCCAACAUCAGCAUCCAUCCGGAUACGAAAAAAACCAACGAAGUUUUCAUCCACUCUACCCCGCUACCCCUCAUACACCAUACCCAAAUUCCCCUAUUUCGACCACCAUACCCCCAAAAAUCAAGCAUCUAAACCCCUCUUCUAACAGAAUGCUCUUAUUAAAAUUAUAUAGCUGGGAAACCUUCUACGCCCGCACCCUCUCCCACCUCUCCACAAAACACACCACCACAAAACCCACUCCCAACUCCAAACCCACCACCUCCUCAGACUCAGACCCUGAAUCUGAAGAAGAUGAAGAAGAUGAUAUAGAUGACGACUCCGACCCCGGCACAUCAUGGUUCUCGGAACACAAUGCGCCCGAUAAAGUCCUGCAGUUUCUCACGGACGAGGAAUUUCCGCUUGCGCCGGUGAACACCAACAUUAGUAAAGACAAUGGUGAUGAGCAAGCUCCAUCUAUCCUCGACCUCGGCACAGGCAACGGGAGCAUGCUCGCCCUGUUACGCAAAAGAGGCGGGUAUAAGGGUGUUAUGGUAGGGAUUGACUACUCCAUUAGGAGCGUGCAGUUGGCGAGGGAGUUGCAGAGGUUGAGGAUUCACUCGGCUUAUUUAUCUGACUCGGAGGAUGAGGGAUCUGAUGGGGAUGAUGAGGGGGGUAAAGAGGGGAAUGGGGAAGGAGGCGAUACGAAUAUUCGAUUCGAGGAGUGGGAUAUUUUGCAUGGGGAUGUGUAUGAGACUACUACUACUACUACUACUACUACUUCGGAAGAAGGUAGUAAUGGGAAAGGGAAGGUGGAUUGGUUCCCGUAUGAUAAGGGCGGGUUUGAUAUUGUGCUUGAUAAGGGGACUUUUGAUGCCGUUUCGUUGUCGGAUGAGGUUAUUCCUGAUGCUGAUGGUGCUGCUGAAGGGCAUGCGUCGGGAAAGACGGUUCAGAGGAGAGUGUGUGAGAGAUAUCCGGGGAUUGUGAGGGGGUUGGUGAGGAAGGGUGGGUUUGUGGUUGUUACGAGUUGUAAUUGGACCGAGGAGGAGUUGGUUGCUUGGUUUACUAGGGCUGAUACUUCUUCUGGUGGUGGUGGUGGUGAGGAGGAGGAUAAGUUUGUGGUUUGGGGACGGGUUGAGUAUCCGAGGUUUAGGUUUGGGGGGAGGGAAGGACAGGGUGUUUGUACGGUGUGUUUUCAGAGGGUAUGAUUCUAGUAGAAGAAUAGAUUUGGUAUAGAGUUAUAUAAGUAAGUAUAGAAGGUAUAU